AUGAUCCGGGCGUUCUCCUUCCCCGUGAGCCCGGAGCGGGGCCGGCUCCGGGGCUGGCUGGAGGGGAGCCUGGCCGGGCUCUGCGAGCUCCACCUGCUGCGGGAGCGGCAGGAGCGCCGGGUGCGGCAGGCGCUGCGCCUCGGGACCGAGCCCGCCGAGCAGGCGGCCGGGGAGACCGAGCCGGGCAGCGCCGGGGAGCCGGCCCCCGAGGAGCAGCUGGAUGCGCUGCCCGGGCUGAUGUGGGAACUGGAGCAGCAAGUAGGGGGGCUGCGGCUGUACCCCGAAAAGGCCUGUGGGGAGGCAGCCGAGACGGACAGCUGGCCCAGCUCGGGUUUCUACGAGGGUGCCUCCUCCGCGGUGGCCUCAGACUCGCCGGCCUCCGGCUUCGGGGACUCUUCCGGCUUCCCCUCCGUCUCCGGCUCCUGCUCCCGCAUCGGCCAGGCCGAGUCGCGUGGCAGCUACGCCAGUGAGCGCCCCAAGUCCGUGGGCGAGGUGGGCAGCAGUGGCAAAGACAGUGCCGGGUGGGGCAUGGUUCCCCGCUCCUACUCGGCCCCCUACUCCAGCUCUCAGGACUACCCCUCCGAGCCGCCCCCGCGCCUCCCGCCCCGGGACAGCCUGGACCCCUUCCUGUACCCCAGUCCCCUUCACGCCGUGGCCAUGCAGAACCCGCUGCUCCGCGGCCGCCUCUACGACGCCACCCCCUUCUCGCCGGGCCUGGCCUAUGGGGCGGAGCAGGCCGGGGGGCUGGAGGAGUUCGGGGGACAGGAGCUGACCUGUUACCCUGAGGCCGCUCACUGCCACAAGGUGGAGAGCUACAUCUCGCGGCUGAUCCGCCGGCGCAGCCAGCUGGCGCGGGGCGGCAAGCCCCGGACUAGCCUCAACGCCGAGCCGCCUGCCAAGGCAGUGGCCCGCCAGAACAGCUUCUGCAAGAGGCCCUCGGAGCUGCUGGGCCCCCAGGCGGACCGCAAGCACCCCCCGGCCAUGGAGCGGGGCAGCAGCACCCCCUCGCCCUGCGGCUACGAGGGCGGGGCCGGCGCGGCUGCCCGGAUCUGGUCGUCCUGGGACGCCGCGGCCGAGAGGACGCUGGCCGGCAAGGGGCCCCCCGAAGGCUACGCCCCCCCCCACUCCAGCCUCAAGAAGCCCCCCAAGCUGCAGGCGCUGGCCCACCUCCGGCCUGCCCUGUCGGUGGAUCACUACGAGGAGGGGCCGGGCGAGGACGGCGCCCACGCCAGGAAUGGCCAGGAACCCGCUCCCUACGAGGAGAGGGGGGGCCGCCCCCCGCUGGCCUGCACCGAGGACGGGGCCUGCCAGAUGGUGAAGGCGCAGUACAUCCCGGCCCAGCAGCCCCCCCGUGCCCAGCAGGCCCACCGAGGGGCCAAAAAGAAGCCCCCUCCCCUCACCAAGGGGCGCUCGGUGGAGCUGUCACCAGAGCGGGCCCCGGUGACGCCCAGGGAGAGGCCUCGGGCAGCGGCGAUGCCCAAGAAGUGCCGCUUCACCGAGGAAGGUGGGGAAGUGCCAGGGGGGCGCCGGGCUAGUGCCAGGAAAGGCUCCCCCCGGGGCAAGAAGGCGGCGCGCUCCCAGUCGGAGAACAGCCUCCUGAACAAGCCGGGCGCCUCGGGCACCAAGUACCACACGGUGGAGAGGGACGAGGUGGUGCUCAAGCCGUCCCGGCAGCGCCGCCCCCACCCCGGCGCCGCCGGCUACCGGAAGUGGCGCUCGACGGCGGAGAUCUGCCAGGAGGAGGCGGGCGCUGGGGAGCCGCGGCGGAGCCGGCGGGCGGGGCGGAGCGGUCCGGGCGCCGCCUCGCCCCCCCGCAACGUGCUGUACGGCUACGCCGGGAGCGACUCGGAGUGCUCGGGCGGGCGGGGCGGCGGGGCGCGGCGGGCCCCCGUGUGCCGGCUGGAGGAGGGACUGGCCUAUGGCGACAGCGAGUCCAGCCUGAGCGAGGGCGGCUCGCCCGCCUUCAGCACCGGCUCCAGCGACACGGACGAGAGCAGCGGGCUGGUCUGGCCCCAGCAGCUGUCGCCGCAGCUAGUCGCCAGCGCGGGGCCCGGCCAGGCCGGCGGGCGGCCCAAGGUUUUUGUCAAGAUCAAGGCCUCGCACGCCCUCAAGAAGAAGAUUAUGCGCUUCCGAUCGGGCUCCCUGAAAGUGAUGACGACGGUGUGAGA